GUUAGUCUACGAGUCACCAUCAACAAACACCACGGUGGAGCUUGGCCGAUCAAUCCGGAAUCGUCUUCAAUGGAACCCUAGAAUUCUAGAAAGAUCGUGCCCUGAUGUUGAAGCGGAUCGUCAGGUGUCCAGUCAGGUGUCCAAAAUGCGCUCAAUUCCGGUGGGUACCGAAGGUGAUGGCGGAUUCGCAAUUGGAGACCUAAUUGAAGCAUCGUUCGUAAGCAUCAUUCCGUGAGGAUUGCGGGGGAUCAAUGUGGUGGGUGAUUCGACGGAAAGAUGUUGGGCGAAUUCUGAUCCUCGGUGCGCAGAGAAUCUAGCGCGUGGUUUAGCUUAGAGGUCGAACGAGGGACCGUGGGUCUCGAUCGAGGUGUUCCGAGACUGGAUCGAGAGGGAGGUUUUUGGAGUAGCGUUUUCAUGGAAGCAGGAGGAAAUUGUAGGGGUAGACUAUGAGAGACAAGGUUGGAUCGCAGUGGAGAAGAAAUGAGGGGUAGUGUAAUGGCUAUCUUACUGCUUCCUGUCUCGAGAGGUCUCCACCGCUGGCUUCCGAAUCAUGUCUUGCUUCGCCGUGCAACCGUUUUGAGAAACGUUGGUCGGGACAGGAGCCUUCAUGGGGUUAGCGGGCAUGCGCAUGGGGACAGGGGCGGGCUUGGCAACGUUGCCACCGAAAGGCCCGCUUCAUACAUCAAAGCCUGUGACGUAGAUCAAAUUCAGCAGUUUCUUCUGGGACCACGCUGGGGUUUACGGAUGAAACCCUUCGGGACCCAAGGCUUGUCAAUGUCUGCAGAGAUCGAUGAGCAGACAGUUGACGAGGGCGAAGACGUUGGAACGAACAGUGCAGGCGAACAGCCUGUAAUGGAGUAUCUGCAAUCACGGGGGAUCGAUAUUGUGGCCUUGGAGGAAAUGGAAUUCGAAUUACCGAAGUCAAAGUCUAUAAUCAAGGAACGUCUUGAUUACCUGCAGAACGUGAUUGGCUUGACUAUCAAGGAUAUUAACGAUUACCCACUCAUGAUUGGGUGUAGUGUGAGGAAAAAUCUAAGUCCCGUUGUGCAGUAUCUUCAGUCGCUUAAGGUGACGAAGAAUUCUCUUCCUGUAGUGGUUCGGAAGUACCCACAGGUGUUGCAUUCAAGCGUUGCCAUCGAUUUGAUCCCAAAUAUACGCUACAUCCAAGGCCUGGGGGUGGAGCUGAAGCAGGUUGGUUCUGUUUUGACUCGGUUCCCUCAAGUUUUAGGGUAUAGAAUAGAGGGAACCAUGAGCACUUCCGUUGCGUACCUAGUGAUGAUUGGCGUGGACAAGCGUCAAAUAGGGCCGGUACUGACAGAGAAGCCGGAAAUAAUGGGCAUGCGCGUGUCCAAUAACCUCCGACCGAAAGUGGAAUUUAUUGUCAGCUGUGGAAUUCCUCACCUCGUUGUGGGGAAGAUGAUUGAGAAUCGGCCUUACAUUUUGGAUUAUGAUGUUGAUCUUAAGAUGCGACCUGCCGUAGAUGCGCUUCUUGAGUUAGGUGUUCGAAAGGAGGCUCUUCCACUGAUGCUCGUGCAGUACCCAGAGCUGUUGGGAAUGAAGAUCAAAGAUAAAGUGGAGGCGAAGCUCCCGUGGCUUACUGCAAAAGUUGGUGUUCGCAGAGAGGAUACAGCUGCAAUCCUUGAAAAGCUACCACAGAUCCUUGUCAUAAAUGUUCCUACUGCUACUAAGCGAGUUCAUGCUUUGAGAGACCUGGGAUUGACAAAGGACGAGGUCGCUCAGAUGAUAGUAAUUUGUCCUCAGUUACUUGGUUUGAGCAUUGAGAAACACAUAUCUCCCAAUGGCGAGUUCUUGGUUAAGGAGAUGGGGCGGGACAUAAAAGAACUGCUGGAGUUUCCUGCAUUUUUGACUUACGAUCUUGAAUUAAGGAUUCGCCCUAGGUUUGUAAAGAUUAAAGAGAAGGGCGUUAAUUGUCCUUUAGCAUGGAUGCUCAAUUGCAGCGAUGCCAAAUUUGAAGAUAGGUUGAACGGGGGUUAUACUCCCGAAUUGAAAGUUGAAGUGGAUGCAACUUUUGACACUGUAGGCCGUCUGCGUGUCCAUCAGGUGCCGAAGUCUCAAGACCAAAGCCUAUCAUUUAAGUCGAUAAUUUAAAAGUUUCGCAGGUUGAACAUACGUCAGCUGCUCGUAUUUAUUAGAUUAGCUACAGCCUAGGGCAUAUGACAAGAGUGACGUCAUGAAUCGUACCAAUAGUAAGAUGAUGUUCUUCCUUGCCAAUCAUUAAGCAACCUUGCGACAA